GGUACCAAAAGGAUUCCAUACAUUUGUGAUUGGAUGUGAGUCUACUUUGACCCCAGAAAUCUGACGAUGAUGUUGCUAUGGAAACUGCUGGUUCUGAAGUCACUCAUGGGGUGCCUGGCAGAGAGCAGUGUCCUGCAGAGCCCAGUGUUCACCAAGCAGCCUGGCAGCAUUGUGUUUCCUGUUGACUCCCAGGAAAACAACAGAGACGUGGUGUUCAGCUGUGAGGCCCAGGGAAGCCCAUCUCCCCUUUAUCGGUGGAAACUGAAUGGCACCGCGAUCACUCCCAAAUCAGGCUCACACUAUAGCCUGUCUGGAGGCAACCUCCGAAUCAGCCAUUUAAACAAAGACCAAGAUGCUGGAACAUAUCAGUGCCUCGCCUCCAACUCUUUUGGGACCAUCGUGAGCCGAGAGGCCAGUCUAACCUUUGCAUACUUGGGGAACUUCAAGACCCACCGAAGAAACUCAGUGUCAGUUCGCGAGGGACAGGGGGUGGUGCUGUUGUGUGGUCCCCCAUCUCACUCUGGAGAUCUGACAUUCUCCUGGAUUUUUAAUGAGUAUCCCUCGUUUGUGAAGCAGGACACACGACGCUUUAUCUCCCAGGAGACGGGCAAUCUAUACAUCGCUAAAGUGGAGCCUUCUGAUGUGGGCAACUACACCUGUGUGGUGACCAAUACUGUCACCAAAACCAGAGUCCAGGGCCCGCCCACGCCUUUGGUGCUCCGCAGUGAUGGUAUAAUGGGUGAAUACGAGCCGAAGAUCGAAGUUCAGUUUCCAGAGAUUGUCCAUGUAGCCAAAGGAUUGACAGUGAAACUGGAAUGUUUUGCAUUAGGAAACCCUGUCCCCUCUAUAAACUGGAGUAGAGUGGACGGAAUCCCCUUUUCUAGGAAAGUGGACGUGAGGAAAGCCAGCGGCGUCCUGGAAAUCCCUUAUUUCCAGCAGGAAGACGCGGGCACAUAUGAGUGUGUGGCAGAGAACUCCAGGGGGAAGAACACUGUAAAAGGAAAGCUCUCAUUCUACGCCCCUCCACAUCUGAUAGAGAAACCUGAGGAUGUGCAGAAGCCCAUUGACGACUCUCUGGUGUGGGAAUGCAAGGCCACCGGGAAGCCCAAGCCCUCCUAUAGGUGGAUGAAGAACGGAGAGAACCUGGAGUCACUGGAGGAGCGCAUACAAGUUGCCAAUGGAGCGUUGUCAAUCAGCCGGCUGACGCUGUCCGACAUUGGAAUGUAUCAAUGUGUGGCUGGAAACAAACAUGGGGAAGUAUACUCCAAUGCAGAGCUCAGAGUCAUUGCUGUUGCCCCAGAUUUCUCCCAGAACCAGCUGAGGAGCCCCACCAUGGUGAAGGAGGGAGGAGACGUGCUGAUCGAGUGCCGGCCCAAGAUGUCCCCCUGGGGCGUGAUCUCCUGGAGGAAGGGCAGCGAGGCUCUUCGAGAGAGCCACAGAGUUUCCAUUCUUGAUAACGGAAACCUCUGGAUACAGAAUUCAACCAGACCAGAUGCAGGCCUUUACACAUGUGUGGCAAGAAACCAGUUUGGAGUGGCAAGCAGCUCCGGGACUCUCAUGGUCAAAGAGCCGACCAUUAUCACAACGGCACCGUCCACCCUGGACGUGACUGUAGGAGAGAGCAUCGUGCUGCCAUGUCAGGUGACUCAUGACCCGUCUCUGAAGCUCAUGUUCACCUGGUUCUUCAACGAGCAGCUGAUCCACUUUGGCAACCACGGCGGAUACUUUGAAAAAGUGGGCGGUCAUUCCGCUGGGGACAUCAUGAUUCGGAACAUCCAGCUGAGACACGCAGGGAAGUACACCUGUGCAGUGCAGACCAAGGUGGACAGUAUCUCCAUCGCAGCAGACCUGGUGGUCCGAGGUCCCCCAGGCCCACCUACCAGCAUCCAUGUAGAAGAAAUCAGUGACACCACAGCCUCUCUCUCCUGGAGACCGGGGCCUGAUAAUCACAGUCCAAUUACCACAUACACUAUCCAGGCCAGGACACCCUUCUCCCUGGGCUGGCAGGCUGUCACCACAGUUCCUGAGGUGGUGGGGGGCCGCAGUCUGACAGCUACAGUAAUAGACCUGAGCCCCUGGGUGGAAUAUGAGUUCAGAGUCCUGGCAAGCAACGCCAUUGGGACCGGGGAGCCCAGCAAACCAUCCAAACAAGCAAGGACAAAGGAGACAUCUCCGAAGGUCACACCAGCUAAUGUGAGCGGAGGUGGAGGCAGUCGCUCAGAAUUAGUCAUCACUUGGGAGCCUGUUCCUGAGGAGCUGCAGAACGGAGGAGGGUUUGGCUAUGUGGUGGCCUUCAGACCUUCCGGAGCCACAGGCUGGAUGCAGGCUGCCGUGCCCUCAUCAGAAGCCUCCAAAUAUGUCUUUAAGAAUGAGAGCAUCCAGCCCUUCUCCCCCUUCCAAGUGAAGGUUGGAGUGUACAACAACGAAGGGGAAGGCCCUUUCGGAGCCGUCAUCACCAUCUACUCUGCAGAGGAAGAGCCUGGCAGAGCGCCCACCAGGAUCCGUGCCAAGAGUUUGUCUGCGUCUGAGAUUGAGGUUUCAUGGAAAGCCCUGCCUUGGAACACCAGUAAGAGAAGAGUUCUAGGCUAUGAGUUGAGGUACUGGGAGAAGAGAGAGAAGGAGGAGGCAGCCAGUGUCCAGAGGACGGUAGGGAACCAGACGUCAGCCAUUAUCCGAGGGGUGAGAGGAAGUAACACUUACUACGUCACAGUGAGAGCGUACAACACGGCCGGGGCUGGGCCUCCUAGUGUCACUGUCAAUGUCACCACCAAGAAACCACCGCCCAGCCAGCCCCCGGUGAAAGUGAUGUGGAACACAUUGAAUUCCAAGAUAAUCCUGAACUGGGAGCAAGUCAAGGCCCUGGAAAAUGAGUCAGAGGUCACUGGCUACAAAGUGCUCUACAAGCGUAACCGACACAGCCGCCCUAGUGUCAUGGAAACCAACACAACAACGGUGGAGCUCUCCCUGCCUAUGAAUGAGGAGUACUUCAUCCAGAUCAAACCAUUUGGAGAAGGAGGAGAGGGGAGCAGUAGCAGACAGAUCACCAUCCCCAGAAUACCAGGUCCCAAUGCAAUUGGCUCGGCGACCAAGGUCUCUACUUUAUCAGCCCUCAGUACAAUAGCAUUGUCUUUCACAGCGCGAACAUCGUUAUGACAAAGCGCUCCCAGUGAACAUUGCAUCUGAUGUGGAGGCAACUCAACAACGGAACACAAACACCCUCCGUCUGGUGUAACUAGAUCCAUUCAUUUAGGUUUUAGAGGCAGGAGGACGAGCAACGUUGGAAAGCAAAGUCAUUGAGAUGAGAAGGAGAGAAGGGGCCCUGCUUCCAACACCCCGCCGGCCGGCGAGAACAGGAAAUCGACCCAUGUCUUGACUCUGUUGUUACCAAAGCAGCUUUCAUUAAAAUGUCUUAUAUGCAUCUUUUGUAUGAUAUGUCUAGCUUUUAUAGAUUUAUUUUGAAACCAAUUCAUAAUCACUCUGGGCUUUGUAGAAAAGGCAAGGUUGAGUGGAGUUCAGUGUAUUCCCAUACUUACUUACAGAUACAUUUUUUAAGUUUUCAGUUUGUUGGAAAGAGCACUUUUGUUGUCUAAAGUGAAGAGCAUUUUUUGGUCAAAAAUUAACCUGUAACUGUGGUUUCAUGUCAAGCAAAGACCAUAGUUCAGUCUUCUUAGAAACGUAUGAAUUGUUAACACUGAAAUGUGUGUAUUGCUAACUAUUUUUUUAUUACUCCAUAAAACAUUGCACUGAUGCCUGAGGAAAAAUUUGACUUAACAAAAAUGUGACAUUAUGUUAAAGGAUGAGAGUGACUUUAUUCACUCUCACUGCUUUGAAGUCCCAUCUUCCACAAGUUCCUCAACCUUGGCCAUUUAAUUGCACUGGUGACUGGACCCUCAUAUGGCUGUCUAUCUCAUCCUCUCAGUUAGCCAUGUGUCUACUCUGUAGCUAUUCUAUCUCAUCCUCUCAGUUAGCCAUGUGUCUACUCUGUAGCUAUUCUAUUCAUCCUCUCAGUUAGCCAUGUGUCUACUCUGUAGCUAUUCUAUUCAUCCUCUCAGUUAGCCAUGUGUCUACUCUGUAGCUAUUCUAUUCAUCCUCUCAGUUAGCCAUAUGUCUACUCUGUAGCUAUUCUAUUCAUCCUCUCAGUUAGCCAUGUGUCUACUCUGUAGCUAUUCUAUUCAUCCUCUCAGUUAGCCAUGUGUCUACUCUGUAGCUAUUCUAUUCAUCCUCUCAGUUAGCCAUGUGUCUACUCUGUAGCUAUUCUAUUCAUCCUCUCAGUUAGCCAUGUGUCUACUCUGUAGCUAUUCUAUUCAUCCUCUCAGUUAGCCAUGUGUCUACUCUGUAGCUAUUCUAUUCAUCCUCUCAGUUAGCCGUAUGUCUACUCUGUAGCUAUUCUAUUCAUCCUCUCAGUUAGCCGUAUGUCUACUCUGUAGCUAUUCUAUUAAUCCUCUGAUAAGCCGUAUGUCUACUCUGUAGCUAUUCUAUCUCAUCCUCUCAGUUAGCCAUGUGUCUACUCUGUAGCUAUUCUAUUCAUCCUCUCAGUUAGCCGAGUGUCUACUCUGUAGCUAUUCUAUUAAUCCUCUGAUAAGCCGUAUGUCUACUCUGUAGCUAUUCUAUUCAUCCUCUCAGUUAGCCAUGUGUCUACUCUGUAGCUAUUCUAUUCAUCCUCUCAGUUAGCCAUGUGUCUACUCUGUAGCUAUUCUAUUCAUCCUCUCAGUUAGCCAUGUGUCUACUCUGUAGCUAUUCUAUUCAUCCUCUCAGUUAGCCAUAUGUCUACUCUGUAGCUAUUCUAUUCAUCUUUUGAUAAGCCGUAUGUCUACUCUGUAGCUAUUCUAUCUCAUCCUCUCAGUUAGCCGUGUGUCUACUCUGUAGCUAUUCUAUCUCAUCCUCUCAGUUAGCCAUGUGUCUACUCUGUAGCUAUUGUUUUCAUCCUCUGAUAAGCCGUAUGUCUACUCUGUAGCUAUUUUAUUCAUCCUCUCAGUUAGCCGUAUAACUACUCUGUAGCUAUUCUAUCUCAUCCUCUCAAGUUAGCCGAGUGUCUACUCUGUAGCUAUUCUAUUCAUCCUUUGAUAAGCCGUAUGUCUACUCUGUAGCUAUUCUAUCCCAUCCUCUCAGUUAGCCAUGUGUCUACUCUGUAGCUAUUCUAUCUCAUCCUCUCAGUUAGCCAUGUGUCUACUCUGUAGCUAUUCUAUCUCAUCCUCUCAGUUAGCCAUGUGUCUACUCUGUAGCUAUUGUAUCCAUCCUCUGAUAAGCCGUAUGUCUACUCUGUAGCUAUUCUAUUCAUCCUCUCAGUUAGCCGUGUGUCUACUCUGUAGCUAUUCUAUUCUUUGCCUUGUGUGUGCCUCAUCAUAUGUUCAAAACCCUCAGGUCCUUAAAGAGCCUUAAACUUAUAUAUAUAUAUAUAUCAAUAACUAUUAGAAACCUAGAAGUCUGUUAUACAGGUGCUGUAUGAUGUGUAGCUGCAUCACACACUGCAUCAAUAGACAGGUUGUAGGGGUUUGAGUUAUUACCAUCCAAUGUAUAUUCCUAUGGUCAUUCUUAGGGCCAAGUUAUGUAGUCAAGAAAAUCUCCUUGUCCUAGUUAUAUAUUAUAGUUAGGGCCAGGGUUUUUUCCUGACCCCGUGGCCUCGCCAGGAAAACCUCAUUGUCCUAGUUAUACCUGCAUUGUGAAAGUAUUCGGCCCCCUUGAACUUUGCGACCUUUUGCCACAUUUCAGGCUUCAAACAUAAAGAUAUAAAACUGUAUUUUUUUGUGAAGAAUCAACAACAAGUGGGACACAAUCAUGAAGUGGAAAGACAUUUAUUGGAUAUUUCAAACUUUUUUAACAAAUCAAAAACUGAAAAAUUGGGCAUGCAAAAUUAUUCAGCCCCCUUAAGUUAAUACUUUGUAGCGCCACCUUUUGCUGCGAUUACAGCAUUAAGUCGCUUGGGGUAUGUCUCUAUCAGUUUUGCACAUCGAGAGACUGAAUUUUUUCCCAUUCCUCCUUGCAAAACAGCUCGAGCUCAGUGAGGUUGGAUGGAGAGCAUUUGUGAACAGCAGUUUUCAGUUCUUUCCACAGAUUCUCGAUUGGAUUCAGGUCUGGACUUUGACUUGGCCAUUCUAACA